GUGACUAGAAUUUAUAGGUCGAACAUCAACUCCCGUCUCCCACGCAGGACAAUGAAAACAGAAAACUGCGUAUAACUUCCGUAGUGGGUGUAACAGAAUGUAAAAAUGUCCGUUAUGACAUGUUAAACUUGUACAGUGAGUAAUUAAUUAGUUCACGAGGUUAGUCAAAAUAAUUUCAACAAAUAAUUGUUAGAAUCAAUUAACGCACUGGGUCGAGAAGUUCAAAAUUGUUUUCAUUUAAAAAAAGUAAUCAUACGUAAAUCAUAGCAAUAUCUUUUCAUUGAAAAUAUUCGUUAUUGUUCUACAUAUCAUCAGAGUCGUCCGUAUCGGCUUUUGCUACCCUUGCAAAUUUAAAGUCACAUGAGUCAUAACGUAUUUCUGUCAUGUAGGUGCUUAAAACUGAUAGAAGUGUUAACGGGGAAAGAGACAGUACCGAAAAAUUGAAUAAUUGCGGCCAGUAAUGAGUUUAAUCAAACAUAAAAUGGUCAACGUCGAUUUUUUUACUAAAGUGAAAAUAAUAAAAAAAUACCAAUUGUCGAAGAUGAGAUAACCGUGUUUACGAGGUCAAUGCAUGCGCGUCAUAUUCAAUCGAGUAAAAGAAAAGGGUUUUUGGCAAAUUUGAAUACUUUCGAAGCAAUGUUAAUGAAAAUUUAAAUAUUUCAUUGUUUCCGAUUCGUUGAGGUCAUCGGUACUUGGUUUGAUUUCUGUACAAGUCGGUUGCUGCCGUUAGGGUUCCGUACUUCCCACUUUCCAAGUAAUCCAUGGUUCGGUUACUUGCUCGGGUUGAGAGUCUUAUGGGACCAAUGUGAGGGACGUCUGCGCGCUACGAGUACUAACACUCGUAUACAAACUCACCAACACACGGACAUAAUAGGGCAGACGGCACAGUACCUAUAAACAGAACGGAGACAACUGGCUUGUGGCGGCCCCCACCCUGAGGCUCCAGCAGCCACUGGCAGCCGUGCGUGUUAAUAGUGCAUCGGCCAUCUUGGCACUAUUCGCUGCCUGCUAGACGUCCGUCUGGAGGAUAUCACUGCCAGUCAAAGUUGCGAGCUGCUCUCCUCCGGAGCAGGCAAUAUUUUACUCGUUCAUCGCCACGGCAGAGCCGACUCACCUUUGCUCAGCGGACGAUUUGAGUUUUGGUGCAUGUCACGCCGACGCCUGUCACGGACAUUGACGCUCGCACUGCCUACCUCCUCUCAUAACUGUGUUUUCGACAUCAGUGAUCACUGAUUAGGGGCCUAUACGUAUACAUGCGUGCUCGUACCAAGACUUUAAAGUGCUGUGAGCAGUAGCUCACUUUGCUUCGGUAUACUCUUGUGUGGGUGGUGCUACUGUUAUAGCUAUAGUCCAUUUAGUCAUUUACACAUAAGUGUAGGUAUAAAGUUACAAAAUGGCUGCAGAUGCGCCACGUGAGCGAGAAAUCGCAGCUGAAGACAGUAUUAAAGUUGUAUGUCGAUUUAGACCUUUAAAUGAUUCUGAAGAAAAAGCAGGUUCCAAAUUUGUUGUAAAAUUUCCAGCUGGAGGCGAUGAAAACUGUAUUUCAAUUGGUGGAAAAGUAUAUCUUUUUGAUAAAGUAUUCAAGCCCAACGCAACCCAAGACAAAGUUUACAAUGAAGCAGCAAAAUCAAUCGUUUCAGAUGUUCUUGCUGGUUAUAAUGGAACUAUAUUUGCCUAUGGACAAACAUCUUCCGGUAAAACUCAUACAAUGGAAGGUGUCAUUGGUGACCCUAAUAAACAAGGUAUUAUUCCAAGAAUUGUUAAUGAUAUUUUCAACCACAUUUAUGGAAUGGAAGAGAACUUGGAAUUUCAUAUCAAAGUAUCUUACUUUGAAAUAUACAUGGACAAGAUUCGAGAUUUACUCGAUGUUUCAAAAGUCAACCUCAGCGUGCAUGAGGACAAAAAUCGUGUGCCUUUUGUCAAAGGCGCCACUGAGCGCUUUGUCUCCAGUCCUGAAGAGGUAUUUGAAGUAAUAGAAGAGGGAAAGUCAAAUCGUCAUAUAGCAGUAACAAAUAUGAAUGAGCACAGUUCACGUUCUCAUUCAGUUUUCCUUAUCAACGUGAAACAAGAAAAUCUAGAAAACCAGAAGAAAUUAUCUGGUAAAUUGUAUCUUGUAGAUUUGGCAGGUUCUGAAAAAGUUUCAAAAACUGGUGCAGAAGGAACAGUGCUUGACGAGGCAAAAAAUAUUAAUAAAUCACUAUCAGCCCUUGGCAAUGUGAUAUCAGCUUUAGCUGAUGGAAAUAAAACACAUAUACCUUACAGAGACUCAAAAUUGACUCGUAUCUUACAAGAAUCUCUUGGAGGAAAUGCUAGAACAACAAUUAUUAUUUGUUGUUCUCCUGCCAGCUUUAACGAAUCAGAAACUAAAUCCACCCUUGAUUUUGGUAAAAGAGCAAAAACUAUUAAGAAUGUCGUUUGUGUCAAUGAAGAGCUUACUGCUGAAGAAUGGAAACGAAGGUAUGAACGUGAAAAAGAAAAGGCUGCGAGAUUACGAGGUAAAGUUGAAAAAUUGGAAGCAGAACUUUCUCGUUGGCGGCAAGGCGAAACCGUCAAGCCUGAAGAACAAGUCAGUUUGCAUGAUGUACCAGAGGUUACUACACCUGUUGCAUCUACAGUUGAAUUGAAAUUAGAUGAAGGACCAAUAGCAGCAACUCCUGGUAGUGGUGUUAUGGCUGGCUCUUUAUCCAAUGAAGAACGCCAAAAAUUCGAAGAAGAGCGUGAAAGAUUAUACCAACAACUAGAUGAUAAAGAUGAAGAAAUUAAUCAGCAGUCUCAACUUGUUGAAAAGCUAAAAGAGCAAUUGGAUGAGCAAGAAGAGCUUAUUGCAAGUACUCGACGAGAUUAUGAACAGUUGCAGCAAGAAAUGAAUAGAAUACAACAAGAAAAUGAAAGUGCUAAAGAGGAAGUAAAAGAGGUUUUACAAGCUCUUGAAGAAUUGGCUGUUAAUUAUGAUCAAAAAUCUCACGAGGUGGAAGCUAAGAAAAAAGAAUAUGAGGCUCUUUCAGAAGAAUUAUUGGGUAAACAGGCAUCUCUGAACGCAGUAACUGCUGAGCUCCAACAACUACGCGACAUGUCCACUCACCAACGUAAACGUAUUGCCGAAAUGCUUACGAAUUUACUGAAAGAUCUUGGUGAAAUUGGAGCAGCUAUUGGAGGUGACGAAAAUUUCAAAGUUUUGCCUGAUAGCAAUGGUAAGCUUGAAGAAGAGUUUACUGUUGCCCGAUUGUACAUCAGUAAAAUAAAGUCAGAAGCAAAAAAUAUAGUUCAAAGAUGUCAAGUGCUUGAAUCGACACAGACAGAUUGCAAUAAAAAAGUUUGUGAUUACGAAAAAGAGCUUGGUGAAUGUCGUUUGCUAAUAUCCCAACAUGAAGCACGCAUGCAGACCCUCCAAGAGUCAAUGAAAGAAGCAGAAGUCCGUAAACGUGCCUUAGAAGAGGAUGUUGAUGCAAUGCGUGAAGAGUGUGCAAAGCUCAAAGCUGCUGAGCAAGUACAGGCUGUGAGUAACAAAGAAAAAGCCGAAGAAAAAGAAGCAGCCACUAAAAUGAGGCUUGCUUUGGAAGAGCAAAUGGAUCAUUUAAGAGACGCUCAUCAAAAACAGGUUUCUCAACUUCGUGAUGAAAUAUCAGAGAAACAAGAGACAAUUACAGAAUUGAAAGAUAUGAAUCAAAAGUUCACUUUGGCACACCAACAAAUGCAAGCAGAUUAUGAACGGCUGAAACAAGAUGAAGCAGAUAAGUCAGCUAAAUUACAAGAGCUUAUGCAAAUGAAUGAACGUCGCGAACAAGCAAGAAAGGAUCUCAAAGGUCUGGAAGAUACUGUCUGCAAAGAACUACAAACGUUACACAAUUUAAGAAAACUUUUCGUACAAGAUUUACAAGCAAGAAUUAAAAAGUCUAUUAUUUCUGAGGACAACGAAGAUGAUGGUGGAUCUUUGGCUCAGCGUCAAAAGAUUUCCUUUUUGGAAAAUAAUUUGGAUCAGCUCACAAAAGUCCAUAAACAAUUGGUACGAGACAACGCUGAUUUACGUUGUGAGUUGCCUAAACUAGAAAAAAGACUGCGAGCUACAAUGGAACGCGUUAAAGCUCUAGAAACAGCCCUCCGGGAUGCUAAAGAGGGUGCAAUGCGAGAUCGUAAACGUUAUCAAUAUGAGGUCGAUAGAAUUAAAGAAGCGGUGCGGCAAAAGAAUUUGGCGCGUCGUGGACCUAGUGCUCAAAUUGCCAAGCCUAUCAGAGCUGGUCAACAUCAUGUUGGUGGGGUCAAUGCUAUUAGAACAGGCAACCGAGGUGAGUGAGAAGCGGACAACAAUUCACGUUCGUGAAGUAACUCAUUCAACGAAAUGUAAGGACCCAAUGCCAAAACAAACUUGUCUUCACUCUUUUACAGAUUAUGAAAGCAAGAAUGCUUUUGCAAUGGACGUUCAUGAUAAAAUCCUAAACUCGAAACCAAUUAAUAAUUUUUACUAUUCAACUGAAUUAGGAUGCAAAAUUGUAACUAAUUAUGAUUUGCUUAACAGAAAAAUUGCUUUACCCUAAUAGUUAAUUAAGUUCACGCAGAAGUACUAUUCACGGUUAUAUAAAAGAAAAUCUAUUAUUAUGAUUGAUUAAAUUUAUUUUAAUAGGUCAAAGUAAUAUUAUAAAACUGAAUUUA